CUCGUGUUCUUCUUCCAUAGACAGAGAGAACACGCUCGAAACUUAAUCACUGCGAAUUUAUAAACAUAGCAUUGUUAUUUUGUAAUUAGUACAAUCGUUAUUUAGGGCGCAACGAUGAUACGUUAAUCAAUUUUUAGUGUAAUUCAAAGCUGGUACGAAAAAAAAAAGAAAUUGCCAAACCUAACAGAAGCAGCAGCAUAAGCAUAUUGCAAGCAUUAAAACGCCGCGCGUGUGUUUGUGUUCGUGCAAGUGCAUACAUGUGGCUGUGCGUACGUAUGUGUGUGUGUUUGGAAGCAACAAAAAGUCGUAUACAGCAGAAAAGGCGGCAAAAGAAACACAACGACUGCACAUGAUAUGCAAAGCAAGGCGGCAAAAAAAUGCAACUGCAAACAUAAUUAUUUGUGCAAUGCAUUUAACGUGAACGUCGUGAUCGUCGUAUUGCUCCAAAAAAAAGCAAAAAGCACCGACAUUUCGAACGAGCACAAGACUUUUUUGCAGUACUUCGUUUAGUGCGUCAAUGCAGACAGGAAUAAAGAAACGGCGAAAAUAAACUGCAGCGAAGCAACAAUAACAACAAGCACCAAAACAGAAACGCCGAAUGGAAUACAGCAUUUUGUGCGCGCAACGCAAUUCACAAUUGGCAACUGAAAUUGGCAGCACCCGAAAAGUAUGAUACAAAAAUAGUAGACGAAAACAACAAUAACAACAGCAAUCGAGCGGAAGUGACAAAUGGAGACAAAACGACAACAAUAACAACUACAACAAUAAUAAGGACCAUAUUGGCAUUAAUUUUUUGACUGCAUUAAAAGCGAAUGCAAAAAAAAAGAAAAAAAAAACAAAAACAGAGGAGAAAAUAAAAUAGCGGAGACGAAAAAAAUACAACAAAAAAGGUGUUUCCAGUGGCAGACAGAGAAGGAGACACUGUGGACAAUUGAAAAGUGAAUCGAGAAGGAGAAGAAGAAGAGGAGAAAACAUUCAAGACACCCAAUUACACACACAGAACGAUGGCGUCUUCGCCGACUCCAUCGCUGGACUCCAUGCGUGGGGCCAACUCGAUUGAAUCAUAUGAGCAUGCCGGCUAUCUGUCGGACUCGCCGCUGACACUGAGCGGCUCCUCGCCGCCAGUGAGCGAUUCGGCGAUCUGCAGCGAUGAAUAUAUAGCUGGCAGUCAGGUCAGCGUUAAGGUGCGCCAGGAUGUGACCGUUAUCAAUGGGCAUCAUCCGAUUUCGGCCUCAGUGUCAUCUAGCUCGUCGGCCAGCUCUUCAUCCUGCUCCUCUUCGUCGUCGUCGUCCUCUUCAUCGUCCAGCUCAUCGACCAGCGGCCUCAGUGGCUGCGGCAGCACCAGCAGCAGCGUCAUCAGCGGCUCCAAUGUCACCAGCAAUGGACCCGGCGUCAUUGGCAGCAAUUUGCCCAGCAACAACAGCAGCAAUAGCAUCAGCAGCUUGGUCGUUGGCGCUGGCAAAGGCAGCAACAGCAACAGCAACAAUGGCAGCAACAACAGCAGCAGCAACAACGCACCUGCUCGGUGCACCGCCUGCACGAGCAAGAGCAGUGAUGCCGUAGCCAAGUGCUUCGAUUGCCAGAGCUAUUUGUGCGCCAACUGUGUGACAGCGCACGAGUUUAUGCACUGCUUCAACGGCCACAAUGUCUGCCUGAUCAAGGGCUUCGAGGCGACGAGCAACGGCAUCGGCAUCGGCGGCAGCAGCAGCAGUAGCAAUGUCGGCAGCAACAGCAGCAGCAACAAUCCGGCCUCCAGCGAUUUCAAGUAUGCCAGCUCAUUGACAAUGAUGCUGCAACAGCAACAGCAACAACAGCAGCAGCAGCAACAGGCACAACUGACAGAAGCACAGCCCAUGUCGCAGCUAUCGAAGAUUGUGUUGGCAGCAGCAGCCAACAACUCACAAGAGCAGCAGCAGCAGCAGCAACAUGACACGCUCUACACAACGCAUUUGCAGCAGCAACAGCAGCAGCAGCAGCAACAACAACAGCAGCAGCAACAGCGACAAGUCUUCUGCGCGCGUCACAAGCAUGAGCUGUUAAAAUUCAGCUGCCGCACCUGCUGCACGUUGGUGUGCAAGGAGUGCAUCGUCCUGGAGCACUCGACGGGCCUGCAUGAGCUCGAGAAUGUGCAAUCGCCGGCUGUAGCUGUGGCGACCAACGGCAGCGGCAGCGGCAGCAACAGCAGCAGCAGCAGCAGCCGCAGCCACAAUGAGGCAGCGCUGCAGACGCUGCUCGCCGAUAUGCGCGGCAAGAUUGGCGAGAUCGUGGCUGUGGCCAGCAGUGCAGAGCAGAGCGUGACCAAGGUCAAGCAGCAGUAUCAGAAGGCGCACAAUGAGCUGAACGAGACGCAUCAGUUCUUUGCCUCGAUGUUGGACGAGCGCAAGACCGAGUUGGUCAAGGAGCUGGAGACGCUCUACACGGCUAAGGUGAACAACAAUGCGGUCUGGAUGCAGCGCUCCAAGGAGAUCAUUGACAAGUGCCUGGCUGCCUGCGAGGCUGUCGAGCGCUCGCCCGCAAAUGGCGUACAAUCGUCGCUGCUGGCCGAGGCCCUGUUGCUACGCAAUACGCUCGAGCAACAGUUGCAGUCGGGCGUGCAGGACAUGCAAUUGCCCUUCGACCUGGAGUUCAUGUCCAACUAUCAAUCGAUACAGGCGGGCGUGCGCAACACCUUUGGCUACAUACGCGCCAGUAAUGGUGCUGGAGGCACUGGCGGCGGCCCUGGUAGCGGCAGCUGCUCCGAAUCGAGCCUCAGUCUGGGUCACAGUCACCUAAGUCACAGCCAGAGUCACAGUCACAGUCACAGUCAUGGCAAGCAGCCGCCCAUUGCGCGGCCCACGCAGAGUGCGAGCAACAGCAGCGCCAGCAGUGCAGGCAGCCAUCAUCAUCAUCAACAGCAGCAGCAGCAGCAGCAACAUCUCCAGUUGCAACAGCAACAGUUGCUGCCAGGCCUCGGCCUGGGCAGUCUGCUCGAUAACAGCAGCAAUGGCAGCAACAGCAAUGGAAGCAGCGUCUACACAAAUGGCUGCCUCUUGCUGGGCGGACGUGAGCGCAAUCUGAGCGAUCUGCAGCACUUUGGUGAGCUGCUGCCCAAGCGUGCCAGCAGCAUGACACACUACAAUCCCUACGAGAAGUGGAGCAAUGGCGGCAGCGACAAUCUGUUCAAUACGACAACAGUUGCAACAAUUGGCGGCAGCGGCGGCGGCAGCAGUUCGGCUGUUGUGGAUGCCUUUGCCAGUCUCUCCUCUGUGAACCUCAAUGGGAAUGGCAACAGCAGCGCAGUCAGCAGUGAAUCGCUGCUGGAUUUGACCAGCAAGCUGCUCUCCGCUUCCAUAUAUCCACCCAAGUCGCAGAUCAAGCGACAGAAGAUGAUCUAUCACUGCAAAUUUGGCGAGUUCGGUGUCAUGGAAGGUCAAUUCACGGAGCCAAGCGGCGUGGCAGUGAAUGCACAGAAUGAUAUCAUCGUGGCGGAUACGAACAAUCAUCGCAUCCAGAUCUUUGACAAGGAGGGACGCUUCAAGUUCCAGUUCGGCGAGUGCGGCAAACGUGACUCGCAGCUGCUCUACCCGAACCGUGUGGCUGUUGUGCGCAAUUCGGGCGAUAUUAUUGUGACCGAGCGUUCGCCGACGCACCAGAUCCAGAUCUACAAUCAAUAUGGACAAUUUGUGCGUAAAUUUGGUGCCACAAUCUUGCAGCAUCCGCGCGGCGUCACCGUCGACAACAAGGGCCGCAUCAUUGUCGUCGAAUGCAAGGUGAUGCGCGUCAUUAUCUUUGAUCAGAAUGGCAAUGUGCUGCAUAAGUUCGGCUGCUCCAAGCAUCUGGAGUUCCCCAAUGGCGUGGUGGUGAACGACAAGCAGGAGAUCUUCAUCAGCGACAAUCGGGCGCACUGCGUCAAGGUCUUCAACUACGAGGGCCAGUAUCUGCGACAGAUUGGCGGCGAGGGCAUUACCAACUACCCCAUUGGCGUCGGCAUCAAUUCCAAUGGCGAAAUUCUUAUUGCGGACAAUCAUAACAAUUUCAAUUUGACGAUCUUCACACAGGACGGGCAGCUGAUCUCGGCGCUGGAAUCGAAGGUGAAGCAUGCCCAGUGCUUCGACGUGGCGCUCAUGGAUGAUGGCAGCGUUGUUCUAGCCAGCAAGGACUAUCGACUAUAUAUCUAUCGCUACGUACAGCUGGCGCCUGUGGGUAUGUAAGCAGAGAGCCUUCUUCACAGAUAUAGAAAAAAAAACACACAAUUGCAAAUACAAAAAAAAAAAA